AGAGGCGGCAUACUGGCCUCUUUGUUAACCGGGGUUCGAUAGAACCUCGCGCUAAUUGUGUUGUGGUUUAGACCCACGUCAAUCAAAACAUCUUUCCUAGACGGGAUUAUUGAUAAUGACAGCGGAGUCUUAGAGAGAUCAGUUAUCGGAAUUGUUCUACUGACGUGAAAAGCUGAGACAUUUACUACUCUGUCCGUUCUUACCCAGAGGACGACAUUUCCCCGUUGCAGCUCGUGGAGAACAGCUAGUACGUCGCAGAGCGUUGUGUGCCUUUAAAAUCGAGUCGACUUAUUGGUAGUGUACGGCUACCGUAAGAGUCUGACUCUUGAAGACUUUGAGAACAAAGUGAGGGAGUGAAGUUGUUUCCCAAACUGAUGCCAAAGAGAGACAUUUGUUUUGUCCUUUAGACCCUAAAUGAGAAAGGGUCGCGGCCAGAUGGGGAUAGUCACCCGAGCAAAAGAGAUUGCAGCGUGUGGACAGCUCAAGGCUUAACUGUGUUCCCGUAACCCAGCCCGAAAUCAUUGGUCUGACAACGGGAGCAUAUAGUCGCCUAACGCCUGACUGGGUUCUACGAGGCAAUUUACCCCCUGCAGCAAUAACAUACUUCGUAUGUGUGGCACUGACAGUUUUACCUGAUUGAAAUUUGAAAACUCAUUCGGACUGUAGGAACCUGAUCGCCCGGGCCUUGGAGUCUGAAUUGCGUGCGUAGGACUGCUGUGCGUUUCGACUUGAAUUUGGCCCUUGAUUUUUCUUUUUUUUUUUAUUCUGUAGAGUUGUGAACGUAUCAGCUGUGGUGAAUCGCGCAAGGAACUGUCUUUCAACCCACGUGUCAUUUGCCUGGGCUUGGCUUUUUGAACACGUGACAAGCAGCACGAGAUUUGCGGAUUUUUAGAUAAAUUUAAGGCACGUAUAUGCCUGUUGUCACUGCAGAAAGGAGUGUGGAUGUUUCCAAUGCAUUUUGGUUGAACAGCUAGGUUUCAUUCUGGAUAAGACAAAGUCUUCGAAAGGGCUAUUGGCACAGGUCCUAGAUUUAAAGAUUUGAUUUCGUUUUGAGGACUCCCGUGCACCGUUAACGAACAAGCUGGUGUAUUUCACUUUGUGCAACCACGUGGUCAUUGAAUACUACCUGGUUCUUUGGAACACGCUUAGUUGAAACUUAAUGCAAAUUGAUGCCAGAGUAAAUUGCGGAGGCAAAAACGUUGCUGUGAAGUAAACCAAGAAGACAAGCGAAAAAUCCGACAAAGGAAAACAUACCGAAAACCCAGAACUCCACGAGGGAAUCUGGUUCUGUCGCCUUCUGACAUAAAACAGAAACUCGCAGAGCAUCUGUUGGCAUAUCCAAUCGGUGCGCGGAAGUGGUUUGAACUCACUGUGUCCAGAUGGUCAACAAGAUGCCUAGCGACCACCAGAAUGACGGGCCUGUCAACGUGGCGCAUAAUUUGACGCUCAUGUCAAACUUCGAAUCGUGGCAGAGGCGCAUCUUGGUAGAUUUGACGCCAGAGGGCCGGGAGUGCAUGAUAUCAUUUUGGAAUCUUCCCACACCAAAAUAUAAACACUGCAAUGCCACGUGGGAUAACUACUACUGUUGGCCAGUGACGGAAGCAAACAAAACGGUGUACAACCCUUGUCCGUUCGUAUUUGCCCAUGAUAAUGACGUCCAGCGUUAUGGUCACCGUUUCUGUAACGCAGAUGGUCAGUGGGCACACGGGAACUGGACAAACUACACUGCGUGCCUUGACCAGGACCUUAUUAACAAGUUCUACGGGCCAACAUCGCCAACACAGCUAGUUGACGAGAGUGAGUUGAUGACGGCGAUCGUUCUCCGGGACAUCUAUUUCUACGGAAGCAUCGUGUCGUUACUACUGUUGAUGAUCACGUGGGUUAUAUUCCAAUUUUUCAAAUCGCUCCAGUGCAGUCGUAUAUCAGUUCACAAGAACCUCGUGGUCUCCUUCAUAAUCCGCUAUUUGAUCGUGUUCGUGAUGUUUGAGCCUUACAUUACGUCAGCUGAUGACCUGGAUACGAAGGGCACGUACCGCCAAGUGGAGUGGCUAUGCAAAUUAAUCCAAGCGUUGCUUCAGUACUCCGUCAUGGCUAACAUAUUCUGGAUGUUCGUGGAGGGGUUGUUCCUGCACAACAGAAUAGCCAUAUCAGUCUUCAGUACGGAGACACCAUUUCUGUUGUACUAUUUUAUUGGUUGGGGUUUGCCUGGUCUGUUCGUGAUGGUCUGGGCGAUAUGUAUGAAAUUCAAGCACCCCGACAAAUGCUGGGACAACUACGCCGGUCACCCUCUCUUCUGGAUAAUAGCAGCUCCCAGUAUUGCAGCCAUUGUGAUCAAUUUGUUCUUCUUGAUCAAGAUCAUCUGCAUUUUAGUCACAAAACUCACUGCUAAUAAUACAGUGGAAACCAAUCAAGUUCGGAAAGCAUUGAAAGCCAUCCUGGUGUUGUUCCCACUCCUUGGGAUUACCUACCUUCUGUACGUGCUCCCCUCCAACGACAAGAUAUCCAAAGCCGCUUACCACAUCGUAAAUGCCAUAUUGCAGUCCUCCCAGGGCAUAUUCGUGUCAAUCAUCUACUGUUUCUUAAAUGGAGAGGUGCAGGCCGCCAUUAAGAAGAAGUGGCAACGCUAUCAAUUACAGAAAUUUGGCAGUGUCAGAGGAAAGAGGCGGACAUCACGGACGUCCUCGUUCUUCCUUUCACAAACAGAGAAUUCCAACACACAACAGAAUAAGUUGCUUAGCAACGGCGGUUGCUGCGAGAACGGCAUGACUAGAUUGCAAAAGAUUAACUCGGAUCACAAGCUUUUGAAUGUGGAACCGUGCAUAAAAGAGAAAGAGAUGUUGGAAGCAUUAUAAGAACCUGUGGUCACUUGAGCAGUGGUCAUCGCAUGUGUUGGAAUUUACGGGUAUAUGAAUGAACAUCGACGCUUUCUGCGAUGGGGCAUGAGGUUUCGAAUUAAUACGUGACGAUAGGAUUUGAAUGAUUAAUUUUUCCAAUCACUGUACAGCGGAAUGUAGCUGAAGUUCUCGAACAGCAUCUUUCUGAUUCACAAGAAUGCUUCAAUCUGUAUGUUGAAAGAAAAAGGAAAAGAAAAAGUGGAGAUUAAAGAAAGAUUAAUUAGGAAUGAAACACGAUUACGUCAUGGUAGUCUGGUGCAAUGUCGUUACGUCACAUUGUGUCUGACGUCACAUAUCAUGAGCGAUUUGCAGAAUGUAGUUGAAUCUUGUUGAAGAGAUGGAUCCAUUCUGGUAUCAUUACCCAGCUGGACACAGACGAGAAGAAUGUAAAAAAAGAAAAGAAAAAGAGAUCGACGUACCAGAAGCAGUGACACGUCUCUCGAAGUUUUUGUUCUGGAAUAUCAAGUGAUUGAAAAGUGUUUGAACUGUUCGACAAUCGGAUUAACUGGCCAUUCAGCUGACGCGUGCCGGUCACGUGUCUUGCGAUUAGAGUCUUCGUCCAUACACAGUCAAUGCAUUGUUUUCCACAGCAGAGAUCGACGCCUUGAAAUGUUGUACAUGUGCGAAGCUUGGUCCUUUAUGUAUACUUUGUAUAGGGGGCUAUCAAUUAAUGUGAUAACGGGGUCGCCGUUGUAUCAUGAAAUUCGGUGGUUAUUAAAAAUACAUUAUAAUUCAUCCCCGGUGUUGUAAUUUUGAAAUAAAUUGUCGUUAUUAUUAUUAUUAUUAUUAUUAUUAUUAUUAUUAUUAUGUACGUCUCGUCGCCGCGAUUAUAUAUACACGUGUAAGUGAUAUAUCCAGUCAAAUGCAUGUACCGGUAGUCAUAUUGUUAUAUUGGUAGAGGAUCAUCUUCAUGUAUUGUAUAUUUAUAAAUGCAUUCGUUACAGUUGUAAUAUUAUUAUGUGUUAUGUUGCCCAUACCUUCCACAAGGCAUAUGGGGGAAAUAUGUUUAUUACAUAUAAUCGGUCGAUUCUGCACAAAUUAGUUAUGUUGUCUGAAUGUUUUAUUAAGAUAAAACUGGCUAAUUAUGUUAACAGUAGCUGACGACUUCUUAUUGUGGUGUAAUUUCGCCAGAUCUGCACUGCAAAUGUGUUUAUUUUUAAUGUGAGUCAAGGUAAAGCCGAUCCCACGUAAACAUCAGACUUGAAGAUGCUUAACCACGUUUUAUAACCACCAUAGCACCAUUCGGGAGACCCCGUCCGAUUCCGUUUCCGUAAUCCCACGGAAAGCGUAGCCGGGAUUAGCCGAAUUUGACCGACUUCCAGCACAGACGGUGCAUUUUGAGAUGACUUGCCGAGCUGCAUUUAAUUCCGAAUAAACUUGGUAGAAACUGGAUCAGCUUGCUUCUGUGACAUUCCAUUCCUAGUUUUCUUAUUGAUUAUCAAUUUAAUAUGCUGCCUUUGCAUAUUGUUAUCAUUAUAAGCAUAUACAUAUUCUGUUACAUAGGGAAAUGUGUGUUAUGUUAGCAUGCAAUAUGUCACCUACAGGACACGGUAAGCCAUGUCUUGCAUGUGAUUUGUCAAACGUAAAACUAAGAAACGUGACCAAGGUUAAAUUGUACAUGCAGUACAUGUACAUGUUUAUGCAGAAGAAAGGAUGAGCAAUUAGUAUAAUAAAGCGGCUCACUUACGUGAGGACUAAAGCUACAAACUGUAUCGUGUGCCGCAGUGUUGUUAAAAGGAAUCGAGUAAAAUUGCAUGUUAAUGGGUUUGAUGUACUUUAUAUAUUGUUUAAACAAAAAGCAUGCACAGAAGCGUUAAAUGUGUGCUUUAAUACACCGAUCUACAGAUUAAAAUGCUGCAAAUUGCUUUUAGAUUUGUUUUGAUUUUUUAAAUGUGUAAUAUAACUAUGGUGCUAAAACUUUUUAUACACUAAGUAUAUGCAGAUACCGUUAUUCAAGUUCAAGCAGAGGAGAAAAGCUACUGUAUGAGUAAACUCCAUCGUUUCUUGAAAUUUUAAUAUAAUAAAAUAUAACCACAAUAAAAACGUGUUCCUUUUAUUGAUUUUCUUUAAUAAUUGGAAAAGCCUAUACAAAUAACAAAACGUGGCACCGUUAUUUUGUGC